UGCCUCCAAGUUAUUCACCCAGCUAUUCACCUUACCCAUGUAUGAUGCCCCAAGAAGGCCAAUCAGCAUCCCUACCAACACAGAUGCCACUACCCAAUCUCCCACAUCCCAGCCCGCCAGAGUCUCCACCGCCCCCGCCCAGGGUCUACAAACCAUGCUUUGUUUGCCAGGACAAGUCUUCCGGAUACCACUAUGGGGUCAGCGCCUGCGAAGGUUGCAAGGGUUUCUUCCGACGGAGCGUGCAGAAGAACAUGCAAUACACAUGCCACCGCGACCAAAAGUGCAUCAUCAACAAAGUCACACGGAAUCGCUGCCAACACUGCCGACUCAAGAAGUGUUUCGAAGUUGGAAUGUCCAAAGAAUGCGUGAGGAACGACAGGAAUAAGAAGAAAAAGAAGAAUGAUGAGGUGACGGAGAGCCUGGUAAUUCCAACCGAAAUUGAAGAUAUCCUGCAGGAAGUUCUACGAGCCCACAGGGACACCUUCCCACAAAGACCACUACACCCAAUCCACAAUGUGCAGGAUGAGGAGGAAGAAGGGGUCCCGAAUCACCCCAUUAGUAACUUCAAGGGUCAAGACAUCGAUAUGGUCAUGUUUGAUUACGUAACGGACAUGUCAUCGAGGGCCAUCGUCAUGGUGGUGGACUUUGCCAAGAAGCUGCCUGGAUUCCUGACGUUGAGUACCCAAGAUCAGAUCACCCUCCUUAAAGCCUCUUGCCUUGAUAUCAUGAUCCUGAGGAUAUGUUCCCGAUUCAACCCACAAGAUGCUAGUGUGACAUUUACCACCGGACUGACCCUUACCCAGGGUCAACUCAAGGCUGGUGGCUUCGGCAGUCUCCUUGACGUGAUCUUCACAUUCGCUUCAUCUCUCUCCAGAAUGCACAUUGACGAGACCGAGAUUGCAUUACUAUCGGCCAUCUGUCUCAUCAGUGAAGACCGGACUGGUUUAGAGGAUGCUCCAAGGAUAGAGAAGAUGCAGGAGCCAUUGUUAGAAGGAUUAAGACUCUACGUCCGCAAACGACGACCCAAGGAGUCACAUUUCUUUGCUAAGCUUCUGAUGAAGAUCACAGAUUUACGCUGUAUCAGCGUCAAGAGUGCAGAGAAGGUAUUUGACAUGAAGGUGGAGUUUGUCAAAGAGAUGCCAGCUCUAAUCUCAGAGAUGAUCGACAAGAAUGACGACGAGUAGCGAUCCAUGCAGCUCCAAAAUAAGGAAAAUGAAAAGAACAGAACAAACCGACCAAUCAAAUUACAUGUUAAUUUUUGUAUUUUGUCCGACCAAUCAGGAGCUGCCUUUCUCUUGUCACUGCUUUGUAGGAUACAAUGAAGAAGUCGCAAAGCGUGAAGAGGGAUGUUAUAUUUGAAUGAGUGACUGAUCCUGUAUGUGAGUGAAUGUGUGUGUGUGUGUGGGUGCAUAUAUGAGUUUGAAUGUAAGGGUUUGUGUGUGUUUACAGGCUGGUCACAUCUCACCGGGGUUUUUUUUUUCAUAUCAAAAUCAAUGAAAAGCUUUUUGAUCACUAUACAGAAUAGGUGCUGGUGUCAAGUGAGCGUGAAUCAUUUUUGCUACAUGAUUGUCCAGUACCUUUUCUGAAUUAAACAGUCUGAUUUAUUCUGGUGAUAUGUGACCAGUCUUCCUUAUUUUUCAUGUUUAUUCUUUAAUGUAAAGAGAGUAAGCUUGUGUGUGAGCUUAUGCAGAGAAAUGGUUGUAGCAACCACUAAAUGUUACAGUUAUCAAAAAUAUAUUUUUGUGAAGUAUGCCAUAAAAUUGCAAGAUUGUGGGAUAUAAUCGGCAGUGUUAAGAAAGAUAUAUUGUUUUUAAGAUAAUGUAACGAGUGGACCCAUUCUGAUGUAUUUACAUCCUCAUCUUGCUAGAAUGAGUUUUUAGCUAUGAAGACUUGGAUUUAGGGAAUUCUGUACAGGUAUUACGUUCAGGAGCUUGUGUUUUAUCAGAGAGAUAUUAUUUUACGCCCUUCCGUGGUGAUUGAUGGUGAUUAUAGUAAUUCUAUCCUCCUUUAUAUCUAUGCAUCUUGAUGCAGUUGCAAUCAAUGAUUUGUGCGUCAAAUUUACAUCAUAUGUACAUGUUGAAUUCAGAGGGGGAAACCUCCUAGUUUAUUCAGUGGUAUGCAGUGUAAACCACUGGCAAACAUGGGGUUUUCCCCUGUUUUUAAUGAAGUGCACUUACAGUCAAUAUUUGUAUUUCAUGUGAUUUUGUUUUUGGUUCACUCUGAUGCAAAUUCAAUCAAAGCAAAUCAAAGGGGAAAAAAUGAGAAUGCUUAAAAAAUGAAAAUCUUUUCCAUUCUAAGUCUACCAUGAUUAUUGCAAUUCAUGUUUCAUUUACAUCUUCCUGUAAUAGGUAGAAGUAUGACUUUUAUAUAUUUCUUUGAUAAAAAAAAAGUCAAUAUGUUUACUGACCAUUUUGACAUGAGAAUCAUAAAGUGAAUCAUCGUUAUACAAAAGUGUUGAAUCAAAAUCACUUUUUACGCUACUUAGACAUCAUGAAAUAUAUGGAAAUUUCUCUGUAAAACAUUAGCAUGAACGGAACACAAAAUGUAAUAUAUGCCCAAUAUUCUGUAUAAAGAAUCUUUCCACUUUCCCACCCAUUCUAAAAUGAGUAAUAUGUAGUCUUCAAUAGCUGUGAACAUAUAGCUGUAAACAUAUAUGAGUGAUUAUGUGAUUAAUAACACUGUAUGCAUGUAUGAAUAUCUGUGGAGAAUAAAGUGGAAUUUUUAGUGUGACUCUGAAUUGGUAUUCAUUGCAUAAGCAUUUUUGCUCAUCAAAUGGGAGAAAGUUUUAUAAUUCAAGAAUAAUACAGUAAUCACCAAGUAUCUGAUAUCUCCUUGUUCAUAUGAAAUUCUAUUUUGAUAUAUCUGUGCUAGAAAGAAGAAAAAUGGGAUGGGUUUUGUCUGAGUGGCAACCAAUUACCUCACAAAUCUUUUCAGGUAUAUGCGAAACAAGAACAUUCACACUAAAAAUUCUACCACUCUUCAAAAUUACUGGUGCUAUUUACGAGGAAGGAGAGUAGAAUGACUAAUCUAUUUUUUUUUUCAUCGCUGCCUAGAAAAUUUUCCACCCUCUUUCACCCACUUGCCCUCUCAGAGAUCAGUGUUUCCCUCAAAUUGGCAAUUGUAGGGCUAAUGCUCUUUGAGAGGGAAAGGGGUCAAAGCAACAAAUGCUAUGAAUCACUGCCAUUUUAUCUAAGAAAGUCAUUAUCAUGCUCUGAUUUUAACAAAUAAUAAUAUCUGUGUAUACUGCCGUAAUGUACAUUCUCAGACAUGAAACUGUGUUUCCUGAAUAUAUGAAUUUUGUAGGGGCUGUUUACAUUGACUUCAGAUUCAUGAUCAUUAAAGGCUGAUCUGGGUUCUGUUUCAUAAAGACUUGUUAUAAUAGCAAAUGUACAUUUUAUAUAACAAAUUUACUAUCAGCCAAUCAGAAUGAAUGAUUUUAAUAGUUUUAAAUGUUAUUACAUUAAACAUCUAAAACUAUUAAAAUAGUUUUUUGAUAAUAGGUUUCAUAAUAACAAAUUUGUUAUUAUAAAACCUUUUAUGAAACGGACCCAAGAUGUCCUUCACAGUUAGGAUGGAACAUGUCUUCAAGUACUGUGCACAACAUGUACAAUGCAGUGACUGUGAACAUCAUAUGACUUUGAAAACAAACAGAAUAUAUGUGUGAACAGAUCCAUGCCAUCUAUCCAGCAAUAACACUAAAGUAUUUAUGUCAUCAUAAUGACUGAAACUGAUUGAAAAUGGCACAACUUUGUACAACUAUUAAAACUAAACAGUGCUAUUUUCAUGUUUGUAGACAAGACAUCUUUUAUGUUCUUGUAACCACAUAUUCUCAAUUCCACCAAUUUUGAUCUACACUGCAUUACAAUAUGACUUGCAAUGCUCUGUGUUGUAAUUUAAACAGCUAUUUUAACCCUGCAGAGAAUUGUAUUCCUGGAGUUUCUCUUUCAUGAAUUAAACCUUCAAUUAUAGAUGAUGAUGUGGUUUGAUUUAGGGCCUGUGUUUAUGUCUUUGAAACUGAUCAAAAUUUUUAUACAAAGUGAUAUUUUCCUCCAUCUUUCUUCCUUUGCCUCUGUUAUCAUUUGAGUUAAUUCUUAGCUCGGCACCGGCACUUAAACGUUUGUACAGAUUUAAAAAUGUUGUUCUUCAUAUUUUUUUUUUAAAUAUUGAACUGAAAUAACAAGUUGUAGAUAUGCGAGGAGUAUUUUUAUGAUCAUGUAAAGUGUGAUAAUUGUGUUCUUUUGGGGCUUGUAUUAUUGUUAUUGUUUGUUGAUAUAUAUUGAAAAAAAUAUGAUUUUUUUUUUUUACAUACCCCAUAUAAAGUUUACAUGUUUCUACUUCCUAGCAUUUUCUCCGCUAUUCUUUGCAAAGAUAGCUAAGGCAUGGUUUGUUCAAGAAUACAUUUUUAUGAAGCAAGAUAAAAAGUUAGGGUGAACAAUUGUGGUUUUAAAAUUGAAUAUGAGAUGCAGAUGUUUCAAUUUUCAACACUUAACUACAUGCCUCCAGUACUAAGACGUAGGCUUAAAGCCUUAUAAAAUAGAUUUUAUGAUUUUUUAUUAAAAGUUGUUUUUUGCUUUCAAAGUAUGCUUGCCCUAUGUGUUAAAAAAUGUUAUGAUAAUUAGGUUGGUAGAUUCAAAAUAUGAUUUAUUUCAUAAUUGAUUUUUUUUUUAAUGGGAUAACAGAUUUGUUAGAUGAAAUCAUAAUUUAUUUGUUUUUAAAGAAAAUUCAAGUUUUCCCUACCUGGAUUGUUGCUCAAAUUUACAUUUGGCUGGUAAAAGAAAGCUCCACAUUUUAGAACAAUUUUUAGGGCAGUUUUUUUUUCUUAACAGAUAUAUAUGUAUGACA